CAAAGUAUGCAAGUGGUUGGUAGUAACAAAAUACCCACAAAUUUGGGACAAAAUAAGGGCAUUGGAUGUUUUGGUUGGAACACCUGUUCACCCUUCGCAAUGCCGAUUAAAUUUAAAAAGAAAGUUGUGCCCCAAUAUCUGUGAUUUUAUGGAAUUCGUACUAAAAGCUUCACGUCAAACGGCCGAAAGUCUGUACAAAAAAUCACGUUUUCCUCGGAAGUUGAAAAAUAUCGAUAUUCGUGAUCAAAAAUGAAACUUCUAGAUCGACAGCUUGUGCUCACUUUUGCAAUUGGAUUGUCGCUCACAGGUGCCAGCGCAGCUUUGCUGUACAUGUAUUACAAGAAGGAUGAUGAUCCGAAUGACGCUCGAACUACACGUUUGGCAACAUCCAGACAAAAUGAGGUGGAGUUAAAGGUGCCGCGACAACACGUGCCAAUUAUAAUCGGCCGUGCUGGAGCAAUGAUUAAGGACAUUCAAGACAAGACGGAAACUAGAAUAAACUUCUCCAGCGAGGAUAAGGAACUGCCGGAUAGAAUUUGCAAGAUACGCGGUAAACCGGAAUGCGUUCACUUGGCCCAGGUCAUGAUAGAAAAUAUCAUUGCCAAUCAACCUAUCAUUGAAGUUUAUGAAACAUAUGUACCUCAGCGAGCUUGUGGGCGAAUCAUUGGGCGAGGUGGCGAUACGAUUAAUCACAUACAAGCAGCAUCUGGAGCAAAAGUUAUGAUUGAGUCUUCCAGUUACAAGAAUCCAGAUUCCAAUCAGAGAAUUAUCAUAAAGGGAACUGCCGAACACAUUGCUGCAGCUUUGGCAUUGAUUGAGGAAAAAGUUCGCGAGGAGAACGAAAUUCGAGAAAAGUUGGAUGUCAGUUCGUCUUUAAGGACACCUCGUGGCAAAAUUUCAACACGGAAGACUCCCGUUCAAGCAUCCAACAAUCACGUAAAUUCUACAGACUCCGACCAGAUACCAAAAACACAAGACCCAGAAGUACUGAUGGAGGUGUACGUUAGCGCUGUAGAGAACCCAAGCCAAUUCUGGGUUCAAGUUGUAGGUCCUGGCGCAGUAGCACUGGAUGAAUUAGUAGCAGAAAUGACAGAGUACUACCGCAAUGAAGAAAAUUUGGAGUUACACAUGCUCAAGGAUGUAAGCAUCGGGCAAAUGGUGGCUGCAAAGUUUCCUUUUGAUGAGCGGUGGUACCGUGCUGAAGUUGUCGCCAAACUCGAAGACAAUCGUUACGAGGUGUAUUUCGUGGAUUACGGCGACCAUGAAGCAUUAACCAUUAAAGAGAUGAUGGAACUUCGAACAGAUUUUUUAAGCUUACGUCUACAGGCAAUUGAAUGCUCUCUAGCAAAUGUAAAACCUCGAGAUAACGAAUGGAGUUCAGAAGCUUGUGACAGAUUUGCCGAGCUCAGCUGGGUGGCCCAGUGGAAAGCACUGACAGCCAAAGUUCGAGGAUACAAAGAACGUGUUCUAGCCGGUGGAAGCUCUCGCCGAGAAGGCUCACCCAUUCCUUGUGUUGAUCUUUACAAUAAAACUGAUAACCAGGAUAUCAACAUUGGAAGAGAAUUGGUAAACGAAGCUGUAGCUGAGGAAGAAGGGCCUUGGUCGUCAGCCAGUUCUACCCUUUCCUUGACCCGUCGUGACAUUCACGAAUCAACAACGACGCGAAGAGUUAGUUCUUCCGAAACACCAUCACCUCCGCCCCCAACAACGCGGCUCUCAGAAAAUGGUGCUCACUCUCCGCAGACUUUACAUCUUCCUGGAAGUUCGAAUAAAACAAUUGUUGAGAUUGAUUUGACUACACCAAAGAAGCAGAACAGUUCUGUAGAAACAAUCGAUUUGGUGACCCCGUUGAAGACAACAGACGAAACAAAUGGUUGGAAAAAUGAGAAAUGGUAGUGAUAUCCUCAAGAAAAUUACUGCGAGGACCAUUCCCGUCGAGGCUGUGACUUCACAAUCAAGCCGAUGGCAUUUGAACGAAAUCAACGAAUAUACGACCUGCUGGCUACUACAGCAAUCUCGAAGAUACUGACGAUCUGCUAUUGGGCUGGUUUAGUUUCUUAAUUAAUUAAUCUUUUUAUGUAACCACCAGCCCCGAAAAUCAUGAUUCACACUGAAAUCAUUUGAAUCCUUAGAUCUUCAUCUGACUCUUCUGAUCGAUAAAUGUAAAACGAUCGAAAGUUGUCAUUAUCAUUUAAUUAUCAUUUGCUGAUUUACUAGUAAUCAAAACUGUACUUUUAUUUUAAUCAUUUAUUUCUGGUUGGAGUGUCUAUUCUCGUAGGCCAAGUCUUUAGUGAAGUCAAACUAGCUGAUUUCAAACUUAGCUUAAAUAGUAUUCAAUAUAACCUUUAGCUGUGCUCUUGAGUAUAAGCUUCACACUCUGAUUAAUCUACCAGAUUUGAAAACAGUCUCAUUGCUUGGGAUAGCUAGUUUCUAUUGAUAUAACUUCUCACUCAUGUUGAGUCAAACCGUUGAUUCCAUUUUCUGUGUAGAAUCACAUGUUUGUUAAUUAAUGCGAAAAUUUCCGCACUUCGUACUUGACCACGUAGUGCAAAUAUACUGCUAUGUGGCGAUUGACUGUGAAUAUUUUAUCACUCGCUGAAGUAGAAAAUAUUUACUCUGGCGGUUGA